CCUACCGUACAUGUGUGAGUGAGAACCCGUGGCUGAGGAAGACCCGUUUGUUUAUUUAUUAUUAAUUACCGGUUGCACAUAUCAUCUCAUCUUUUGUCUUCAGCACGCAACGUCCAAAAUAAUUACAUCGCGAGAGUUACUGUUUUAGGCGUUCCUCAAACUUCUCGAAAUCGACAUAAGCGCGAGCUUCUCAAUCGGGCCGGGCACAAGUCAGCGGUACCCAGCUUCGGUCGACGCCAGCAGUUCCGGGGUGGUUGAUUUAUUGUAUCCGUUCAUCCUCGAUCCUGUGACAUGGCAACCUCCCAGUUCAUAAUUCCAAACGAAGUACCUUUUGUGAAUCUAGAAUGCAAGACGGCAUUCGAGUGUCUGUCGAGCAAGGAAAAAAAAUAUGCUCACUACAUUGGGAAAGCGGCAUGGAGUGGAGGCCUUAUCUGUCUUUUCCAAACCAGUCCAGAGUCUCCAUUGAUAUUUCUGCUAUUGCAGAAACUGUUUAAAGGGCAACCAGUAAAUGAGUUGAAGUCAGCUGCUAUAGAGAAAGGGGUCAUGAGAGAUGAAGUAGAGGCUGUCCUGACAUUUGCUGCAGCCUUUUACUCCAAUCUUGGAAACUACAAGUCAUUUGGAGACACCAAGUUUGUUCCCAAUCUUCCUCAGGAUAAGUUUGAAGCUGUUAUUCAUGCCAGCAAGGCCUAUGCUGAGGAUCCUAAAAGUAUGCAGACACAAUGGGAUCGGUGUAAGCAUUCAUUGUACUCUGUAGAAAAAAGAGAACAGCAACUAGGUCUUGGUGAUGAGGGUAUUACUACAUAUUUCUCGGACAACUGCACUCAGUCGGAUGCAGAACUUGCAAAGAAGUUCAUGAUUUCAGAGGAUAUCAGUGCCUACAACACCCGUCUGAUGAAAACUGUUGAUGACACACAAAGAGUUACUUAUGAAGUUAGGCUAGCCUCUGCACUAACCACAUCUGAAGAUGGAGAAUGUGAUAUCAAGUUAGGCUGUUAUGACUUUCAAGGAACAACCUUUAAUGUCACAAGGGGUGAUUAUAGUCCCCUCCUGGCUGGUGUUGCAGACAACCUCAAUAGAGCAAAGGAUUUUGCAGCCAAUGGUAAUGAGAGUGAGAUGAUGGCUAACUAUGUCAAGAGUUUCAGCAAUGGAUCAAUAGAAGCACACAAAGAAGGAUCACGAUAUUGGAUUAAAGACAAAGGACCUAUUGUGGAAACAUACAUUGGUUUUAUUGAGAGUUAUCGGGAUCCCUUCGGCGUAAGAGGAGAGUGGGAAGGCUUUGUUGCUAUGGUAAACAAAGAGAUGAGUGCCAAGUUCACUGACCUGGUAGCGAAUGCUGAGAAUCUUCUUCCUCUCCUUCCGUGGCCCAAUGACUACGAGAAAGAUACAUUCCUACGACCCGACUUCACCUCCCUUGAUGUACUGAGCUUUGCAUCUUCAGGAAUACCAGCAGGCAUCAACAUUCCAAAUUAUGAUGAUAUCCGCCAGGAUGAAGGCUUUAAGAAUGUAUCUCUUGGUAAUGUUCUAUCUGCUUAUGGGAAAGAGCAGAAGGUCACCUUCUUAACAGAUGAAGAUAAGGAAUUGUACAAGAAAUUGAAGGGUCCAUCCUUUGAGGUCCAGGUUGGUCUUCAUGAGUUGCUUGGACAUGGCAGUGGGAAGCUCUUUAUGCAAGAUAGCAAGGGAGAGUUCAAUUUUGAUAGAGAGAGUGUGAAGCAUACAGAAACUGGUGAGAAGAUCUCAUCGUGGUACAUGCCAGGAGAGGUGUGGGAUUCGAAGUUCCCUGUGAUUGCAUCACCCUAUGAAGAAUGUAGAGCGGAGUGUGUUGGAAUUUAUCUCUCUCUUUCCAGAGAGGCACUCAAGAUCUUUGGACAUGAAGGUUCUGCAGCAGAGGAUAUUCUCUAUGUUAACUGGCUUAACAUGGUCAGAGCUGGAAUCCUCGGUCUAGAGUUCUAUACACCAGAAACUAAAACAUGGAGACAGGCUCACAUGCAAGCACGCUUUGUUAUCUUGAGGGUAUUAGUAGAAGCAGGACAAGGCUUAGUAACUAUCACCAGGACAACAGGGGAUGAUGGGAAGCCUGAUGUCAUCAUUCAAAUUGACCGUACUAAGAUAGAGACAGUAGGCAAGGAGGCCAUUGGGAAUUUCCUCAGGAAACUGCAGGUUUACAAGUCGACUGGAGAUUAUACUUCAGGCAAGGCCAUGUUUGAUGGUUACUCAGCUGUUAAUGAUGAUUCUGUAGACCAGUUUCUGUCACUGCGUCAGACGGUCCUUGAUCGCAAGCAACCAAGACGUAUGUUUGUGCAGUGCAAUACUUCCAUUGGAUCAGAUGGUGAAGUUGUCCUCCAUGAGUAUGAAGCAUCAGCAGCAGGCGUGAUUCAGUCUUUCAUUGAGAGGUAUAGUGGAGAUGAGGUUGAGAGGAAUGUCAGAGAACUGUGGCAGAAAGACAGACAACACUUCCCUUCCGUACAAUGAAUGUAACACUGAUGCCUUUACAGAUUCAGGGUCCCGUAGCACAAUGGUUAGCGAUUAAUUGUACGCUUAAUUUCUACGAUUGAUUGUACACUGUAGUCAAUGCAAUCAAUCGUAGAAAAAUGUUCUACGAUAAUUGAUAAGCUUUGUGUUACGGGCCCUAGGUGAUGUGAGGUACAGCAAUGUGUAGGUAAAUACCCUCGGAACAAUUCCAUAAAAUAUGCACAUCCAACCCUCUUUUUUUCAGGGACCUUCCCGAAGUAAUUUAUGAAAAUCAGGGCUGGGCUUGCAAAAGUGUUUAUUAUUUAUUGUCCCUCAAUAUUAGUAGGUAUGUCUCAAAUAGAUUUGUUCCAAUGAACUCUUGUUCUGUGUUUGUUGAAUGAUUGUUUUAUUUGUUUCCUGUCAAAAUGCUUUCUUAUAAAGGUCAUACAUGUAUUUGAUAUCAGGAAUAUUGCAGGAUCGGCAGAAGACCCCAAAAAGGUAUUUGUAUUAGACAAAGGAAAAAAGUAGUUUUAAAGUUCACUGAAGACCUAUACUUAGCUGUCAGAUGGUCAGGCGCGGUUGUAGACUAAAGUUUUUUUUUUGGGGGGGGAUUGGGCC